CGUCAUCUGCGUGCGACUACACGCUACCAGACGCUACACAACAGAACAGAAACAAGUGAAUGCGGUGCAGGAGAAGUUAGAUCCAUUGGCCAAAGAGCUCAAAACAAUGUCUGCCAUUCAGCAGGCGCUAAAAACCCACUUUGGCUUCGACAAGUUCCGCUCGAAGCAGCAAGAAGACGUGGUCAAGGCAGUUGUCAGAGGUGACAGAGAUGUGUUCGUGUGCAUGCCCACCGGUGCUGGCAAGUCUCUGUGCUACCAGCUGCCCGCUGUCAUGUCGGAGGGAGUCACACUGGUUAUCUCCCCCCUCAUCGCCCUCAUUCAGGACCAGGUGGAUCAUCUGAGAGCGCUGAGCAUUCCAGCAUGUUCCAUCAACUCCAAGCUGCCCAUAGCUGAACGCCGCACCAUCCUCGCUGACCUACAGUCUGAGCGCCCCGUAGUGAAGCUCCUCUACAUUACUCCAGAGAUGCUGGCCUCUCCCGCCUUCCAGCCGGCCCUGAAUGCCCUCACCGGCCGCAGCCUGCUGGCUUGCCUGGCUGUGGACGAGGCCCACUGUGUCUCCCAAUGGGGGCACGACUUCAGACCAGACUACCUCAAACUGGGAGAGGUGAGAGAGCGCCAUCUGUCUGGCGUGAAAUGUAUCGCGCUGACGGCGACGGCUCCUAUGCGUGUGCGUGAUGAUAUCGCUCGCUCGCUCCACCUCCAGCGGCCGCUCUCAUUCGCCAUUCCCGUGUUCCGCCACAACCUCAGCUAUGACGUCAUCUUCCGGGAGAUUCUGCCCGACCCAUACAAACAUCUCGCACAAUUCGCCCAGGAGUCAUUCAAGGAAGGAGAGGGCUGUGGUAUCGUGUACUGCCGGAAAAGAGAGUGUUGUGAGACGGUGGCCCAUAAGCUCACCAAGCUGGGAGUGCUGGCCAAACCCUACCACGCAGGUCUGAAGACAGCUGAUCGUGUGGCUGCCCAGACUGAGUGGAUGGAGGGGGCAGUGCCAGUCAUCGUGGCCACCAUCUCCUUUGGCAUGGGAGUGGACAAGGCCAACGUCAGGUUCGUAGCCCACUGGAACGUGGCUAAGUCGCUAGCAGGCUACUACCAAGAGUCAGGGCGUGCUGGGAGAGACGGACUUCCCUCCAGCUGCCGAACGUACUACUCUCACCGGGACAAGGAACAGCUGGCCUUCCUGAUACGCAAGGAGGUCCUGCGCAAAUUGGCGAAGCGAGGGAAGGAGAAGGAGCAGGACAGGGCGUCCAUGUCGGAUUUUGAAGCCAUGGUGUCCUACUGCGAACAGGAGGGGUGUCGCCAUGCCACCAUCUCCAAGUUCUUCGGCGAUGCGGUGCCCGACUGUAACAAGUCAUGUGACUUCUGCCAGAACCCCAAGCUGGUGCGCGCUCAGCUGGCCCGCGCGGCCGUCUCCAACACGCGCACGACGGCAGAGCACGCCAAGCCCACGGGACCCUUUGGAUACGACAAGGACCUCUACGCAGGCGGACGCAAGGGCUACGGGUUUGAGAGGCAUGAUGAGGAAGACUAUAGUGGCAAUGACGAAGAUGACUCCGACACACGCAAGAAGGAAUUUAAGGACAUGUUCAGGAAACAGAUGAGCCUACGCAAGGCUUCCGCCUCGGAUGUCCGCAGAGAAAACUUCAGGCCUCCAGAUGAUGACUGUCCCCUGAGAGAUGCCAGUAGCCAGAAGAUCCCCAAACUCACUGUUAAGGCCAGGGAACACUGCCUUAUGCUGCUUCAAGAGUCUUUGAGCCUCCAGAGUGAGGCAGACAGUGCCUCCGCCGUGGAUAUAGAGCACGAGGUGUUUCGCAGCUGCAAGACGGCCAACCUCUACAAGGCAGCCGUGCUGAAGAGGGUGGGCGAGCUGAAGAAGGCAGCCACGGGCUCCGCAGCACCCCCUGUGGCCGGGAGUGGAAGUGGCACAGGGACAAUGCAGAAGAAGAGUGAUGAAGGAGCUUCAUCUUCAUCAUCAUCAUCAUCCUCAGCAGCAGCAGCAGAGCCAUCUUCAUCUUCCUCUUCAUCUGCCAUCACAGAGGAGCAGUACGACCUCACCCCCGCAUCACAGGUUUACACUCUGAAGAGGAAGCGUGUGGGGGCGGGCCUUAGAGGAUCCUCCAACCCCUUCCAGACGGCGAGUGACAUCCUCAAGGCCCAAUCAGAAUCCACGCCUGCAGCCCACACCCACUCGCCGUCAGCCAAUCAGAGAGGAGCGGACGAGAAUAAGAAGCGAACGGAGGCGGAGUCUAAAGGGACCAACCAGAGGCAGGCAAACGCCGAACCAGCCAAUCAGAUCAGCCCAAGCAAGAAGCUAACCAGGAAGCAGCAGAAGCUGGCCGAGGCAGCUAAAGACACGCGCAGCAUCUCCGACUUCUUCAAGAAGAAGGAGCCACACACAGACACACACACCAACUCACAUACACGCACAGACAUGGACACGGACACGCACAUGGACACAGAUGUGGUCUUUGAGAACCACAGCGACACACACACCGAGCCAGAGGAAGCCCGGAUGUCACACACACCGGAUGUCGAACACACUCUGACACACACUGACACACACACUGUGAAAGAGGAGGAGGAGGAUAGCGAGCUCACACACUUCACGCACACUCUCCAUGCUGAUGAGGAGAGGUGUAAUGGGGCAAUAGGCUCCUCCCCUGACACAGGUGCCACGGAGACGGUUGCAAAGAGAUUGGUUGCCACGGAGAGCUGCCCGACAACAGGAGACGCUGUCGGCUCAGGAGAGAGUGCCAGUAAACACCGAAGAGGUGAUGAUGUAAAGGAAGAGGAGAACGGAGAGUGUGCUGCCCCCGUGCCCCCCCCUGCUAAGCGGCCGCGUGUCCCCGGGGAGCAACGGCGACGAGUGACCUUUAACCCUGCCGUACAGGAGAAGCGCUUCCAGAAAGGAAGUGAUGUGGCAGGGGACUUGUCCACAGGAAGUGAUGUCGGUGUGGAAGUGCCUGGCGAGGAGCUCACAGGAAAUGAUGCAGGAAGUGAUGUGGACGCAGCCGUGUCUUUAAAGGAGGCGGCGGAUGUAGUGGUGCGCUGUCUGGACCCCUUCUACCGAAACGGACGCUUCGCCACCAAAGAGCUCUUCAAGGCCUUCGCCAAACAGCUCACACACAUGCUCGCCGACACACACACCACCCGAGCCACAGUGAAGUCCAAAGCUAAGCACCUGAUCCGGAGGUUCUUCAACCAAGUGCAGAAAUGUGAACAAGAGAGCGACUGGCAGAUCCUCACCCAAGAGAAUAGAUGACCACACACACACACAAAC